AUGGCAGCUACAGCCGCCCCCCUCCCCCGCCGCAGCCUGGCCAGCAAUUCGGUAGAGGCAGCUGAAGGCACAGAACAGCAAACUCUGGUGCCCCCAGCAGCAGAAACAGCGGCAACGUCUGCUGCUGCUCCAGAAGUGGCAACAGCAGCAGGAGGGACAGCAGCGAGGCACAGCAUCGUAGCAGCUGGAGGCACACCAGCGGCAGCAGGAGCAGCAGCGGCUGUAGUUGCAUCGGUGGCAGCCCAGCGGAGAUUUAGCGCUGCAGAGUUGGCGCUUUCUGCUUCUCGUCGUCCCCUCUUUUUAACUUUUUCUCUGCUCUGUGCCUCGGAUGCUGCAGCGCUUCUGCAGCAGAAGGACAACGUCCGCCUCGCCAGGCAGCUAGAUGAGCUGCUGCAGCUGCACGAAUUUGUCGUGCUGCUGCGGCAGCCCCCACAAAGGCCUUCUCUGCCAGGCCCCUUUAGCUGCAGCAGCAGCAGCAGCAACAGCAGCAGCGCGGAUUUCGCUGGGCAACUCGAAUCAGCGGAAGACAGCGGUGAAAAGGAUGCACUGGCCGUCAGUUGCAGCAGCAGCAGCAGCAACAGCAGCAACAGAAAGAGCAUCGGUCCAGCCGGGGCUGCAGCAGGGAGAGCGCUCCCAUUAGAGGAAUGCCGAGAGGAGGAGGCAGCAGAGACACACCGUCUAUCCGGGGUCGACAGCUCCCUUACUGAAGCUGCUGCUGUUGUUGCUGCUGCUGAUACUCCUUCCCCCACUAGCCUCGACGCAGUCAGCACACUCAAACAGCCGCAGCACCAACAGCAGCAGCAGCACCAGCAGUACCUGGAGAUGUUGCGGCAGCAGGAAGAGGAGGCAACAGCAGCAGCUCAUUUGGUAGUCGUGGAGUACUUCGUUGCAGCUGUUGCCUUCAGUCGAAGCAGCGAGUUAACACCGCGCGCUGUCUCUGCUUUCUUAGCCCUGCUGCUUCGGGUGUACAGGCAGGCGGUGCAGCAGCAGCUGUCUCCUGCUGCUGCAUUUGAUGCAUUCAAGUCUCUGCUGCUGCAGCACUCAGUGCACAGACCCCCCCGCUCUACUGCUGUCUUCUACCCCAAGCAACUCCUCCCUGCUGCUGAGUUCUUUCUGCAGCAUUUCGUUCGCCUGCUGCCCCACCUGCAGCAGCUCCACUCCCCGCAGCUGAAGCAACUGCUGCAGCAGCUGCAACAGCCCCAGCUGGUGCUGCUGCAGUAA